CUGUGUUGUUUUAACCGCCAAAGCUCACGAGGAUCGUUCGAUCCAUCCUUCCCAAAUUAAGUCCCUCUCCCUCCCUCUCUCAUGUCUCUAAUAAUCGGUGCAGCUUAGCGACCCAUCGUCGCCGCCGCUUUCAAGCGACGGAAAAGCUGCACUCAUGGGGAAGAGCCCGCCAUCUCCCCCGUCCGACAUCGAGACGGCUCACGGAGGCCGCAAGGGCCGACCAUCCCCUCCCUACGAUGUUGACACGGUUCACGGAGGCCGCAGGAGUCGACCAUCGUCUCCCCUCGACGUUGAAACCGAUCGCGGAGAGACGGCUCAUGGCGGCCACAAGGGCCGACCAUCACCUCCCUAUGACGUUGAAACGGCCCAUGGAGGUUCCGGUGGUCGACCGUCGCCGCUUUCUGAUACGGAGACGAGACGCGGGCAUCGGAAGAGCCGAUCAGAAACUCCGCAACCAACACCGCGUUUUUCCCCACCACUUCCGAAGCCGUGGUUCCCAUGGUUUGUGCCUCUCAUAUUUGUGGUUAAUGUGGCACUUUUUUGGUAUUCGAUGUACUACAAUGAUUGCCCUGCAAAAAUAGACAAAGAUCGUAAAUGUCUCUUGUCAGAAUAUUUGGGAAGGUUCUCUUUCCAACCCUUCAAGGAGAAUCCCCUUCUCGGGCCUUCCACAAGAACGCUGCAAAAGUUAGGAGCCCUACAAAAGGAACUAGUGGUGGAGGACAAUGAGGGAUGGCGCCUAUUAACCUGCAUGUUUCUUCAUGCUGGAGUUAUACAUUUAAUCGCCAACAUGUUUAGCCUCUUAUCCAUAGGAAUCCGCCUUGAGCAGGAAUUUGGAUUCGUGAGAAUUGGAUUAUUAUACACGCUUUCUGGAUUUGCUGGAAGCUUAAUAUCAAUGUUGCAUUUGGAAGCAUCUGCAAAACCAACCAUAUCAGUUGGUGCAUCUGGUGCACUUUUUGGACUCCUUGGAGCCAUGCUUUCUGAGCUUCUAACGAACUGGACAAUUUAUGAAAACAAGUGUGCAGCUCUUAUAACCCUUCUGGUCAUUAGUGCCCUAAACUUGUCUCUUGGAUUUCUGCCUCGUGUUGACAAUUCGGCUCAUGUGGGAGGAUUCACAUCAGGAUUCCUCCUGGGGUUUGUUCUUUUAAUGCGCCCUCAAUAUGGAUAUGUAAAUCGUAAGCAUAUUCCUCCAGGAUAUGAUGUCAAGCGUAAAUCCAAGUUCACCUUCUGUCAAUAUCUCUUAUUUGUCGUAUCAUUAAUCAUCUUAAUUGUUGGAUAUGCAUAUAGCUUAAUUAUGCUAUUCAAGAAAUAGAUACCAAAGGAAAAAAUUGAAUGCUGAGAAAAGACAGAAUGCUUGUUUCUUCAAAUUUGCAAGUAUUCAUCCAGAACCUCCCUGUUCAGAUGUGUAUAAAGGAAUACAUGUAUUUAGACGCCAAACUUGAAUUUACAUAGAUGUUUCAUAGUUUGGAACUUUUUCCUGUUUUCUUUUUUCAGGUACAUGCUUAGUCAUAUUGUUUGUAGAAGAAAUAUAAACAAAUUCUGGACUUUUGAAGCUUGCACAAAUUCUGAGAUGAUUUCUGGCGAUACACAUGUAAUUAUUUGGCUUCCUCUAUAGAUAAGGGGGAAUCUCUUGAGUUUCUCUUCCCCAAUUCUUUGGACCCUAUGAAAUAGUA